AUGGGCGCGCAGGGCUCGCAGCAGCAGCGGCCGACCCCGGAGCAGGAGGCGAUCAUGGCCGAGACCGGCUUUUCCGAAGCCAGCCUUGCCCGCCUUCACCAGCGCUUCCAGGCCUUGGACAGGGAGGAGAAGGGCUACCUGAACCGAUACGAUCUGGAAGGGAUCGGGGAGUUGGCCGUGAACCCCAUCGGAGACCGCAUCAUCAACGCCUUCUUCCCGGACGGGGGUGAGGAGGCCGACUUCCGCUCUUUUGCUCGGGUGCUGGCUCACUUCCGGCCGGUCGAAGCCCCCGGCAACCCCGAGGACAUCAACAGCCGCCUUAGCAAGCUGAAGUUUGCUUUUCAGUUAUACGACCAAGAUAAGGAUGGGAAGAUCUCCCGGGCUGAAAUGCUGCAGGUCUUGAGAAUGAUGGUGGGCAUCCAGGUGACCAACGACCAACUGGAGAAUAUCACGGACCGAACCAUCCAGGAGGCCGACAGAGAUGGAGACAACGCGAUCUCCUUUGAGGAGUUCGCCAAGUCGGUGGAAAAGCUGAAUAUUGAGCGGAAGAUGAGUCUGCGCAUCCUGAAAUGAGGAAGGCGCAGGGGGAUCCCCAAAGAGGAUUUUAUGGCGAAAGGUCAGGAAAAAUAUG